AGGAGUGGAGAGGAGAGGAGAGGAGGAAACACUUCAAAUGGGAUCUUGGCAUCAUUGAAAUCUGUGGAGGAGACAUGAAGUAUGAACUCCACUGAGCUUCAGUGACGCCUGCAGAAGAGCACAAUAAGCUCAACUCCAUGUGAAAUCAUGAGCGCUCCAACGACAGGAAGCCCAAAUAUGGAGGUGAAGGUGGUCUCCCAGGAGAUGGCCUUGCUGAGCAACAUGCUGGCAGCUUACACCUUCAUUGCAGACCAACCCGAGAGGACAGCGCUGGUGUUUCUGGGUGGUGUGUGUGUUGGUCUUCUUGUCACACUCUGUGCCAUCGUCUUCCAGAUACACUGUCGAGCAGACUGCCGCUAUGGCAACAGUAAGCAUCAUCGCCAGCGCCACAGGAACAAACAUCAGCGUCGCCAUCACAGCUGUCCCCACCAUCAGCCCGGUGACAGUAAUCCAGACAACACGGCUGUUGUUGCAUCUGGAGGGACCGAGCCUGCUGGGGACAGUGAAUCAGAGGACUGGGAUGAUACGUCUGACCUGUCGGCACGGAGACGCAGACGCUUUGAGAGAGCUCUGCUGCACGCCAGCAUGUUCACAUCAGCUGAGGAGCUGGACCGGGCCCAGCGGCUAGAAGAGCGGGAAAGGAUUCUCCGAGAGAUCUGGAUGAAUGGACAGCCAGACAUCAGUACAGUCACUCAAAGCCUCAACAGAUAUUACUGACACAUGGACAAACAGAGAGACAGACAGACUGAGGGACAGCAUGUAGACAGGCAGACAGAUGGAUGAAAGGUGAAUAAGUCAGUGAACAAACGGAAAAACACUUUAUGAAAUCAACAUAACUCAUUAGACAGAAAGGUUACACUGACCAAAGAGACUCUUACAGAUCAAACUAUUACUGCCAGAGCUGCCAUGAGCAGUUCCCUCCACUGUAUAAACAACAAGGACAACAUAUGAGUGGUGACGGCUUACUCCUCUGAUAAAGGAUCACACUGACAUGUCUGGAAGAAGAAUUCCCUGAAGAACCAACAAGUGAAGAUACAGUGGACCCACAGACGACUGCUGUCAUGAUCUGUUCAGAAGACUCAUGUUUACACACAGAGAAGUGAUCUGACGCUCUACCUGGAGACAUCCUGCGAAACGUAACUUGUGGCAACCAAUUUGGAGCUACUGUACACAAGUUUUUAUAACUUUUCAACCUCACAUUUGUAACAGGUGCUUUAGAGAAACAUGGAGCUGGUAUAAAGAAGGAGUGGGAGCCGUGCAGCAGCUCAUACGCCUCGCAUUCAUGUAUGCAUUCAAACCUUGGUGAGACUGUGUUGUUUGAACAUUUUUCAGUGAUACAAUCAAGGUGUGUGACCUGGAACCUUUUUUGUAAGAUUAAAGAUAAAAGGAAGAGAGAACAUUCAGAGAGUGAAAUGGGGACAUUGCUCCGUGGAAAAGAUGGAUUUACACAUACUGGUGCUUCUACUGUUGUAAUUUUUGCAUCCCCCAAAUAAACUGAAUGCAUCCUAAUAGGAAGGAAACAUGACUGUGGUGGUUGGUGAGCCAUUCAAAGUACAUCACAGAUAACCUAACAGGUCUGUUGGUUGCAUCUGUAGACUGGGUUGUGUUAUCAGUUGUGUGAUGUGCAUUAAGACAACAGAUCAUCUUGUUUAAGAGGAUCAUGUUGCUUUUUUGGGGGGCUCUUUUGUUAAUGAGCUGGAAAAGGUAAAACACUUUCAUUCCAGGAUUUUAUGAAAAUUGUUUUCUGUACAUAUUAUUGA